AUGUCUGAUAGAGUUGCCCAAAGAUUCAUCCAAAUCCUCAACACGGGAUCGUACGCUCGUUUCACCCCAGAGAAGCUUCAUGACCUCCACCAACAAGUGGGCAAGUAUCUCCCCACUGCCCAGGAAACGCUAGAGCCCCUGGACCUUUUUGACGUUUACGAGUUAUACUUCCACGUGUCGCUUCUCACCAACCACGAUGUUUUGGCCAAGUCGAUGCUUGAUCGCUUCAACGAUGAGUUUUCCGGCAAAAAAAGCCAGAAGUACCAGAUCUUGAAGUCUAUGUACUAUGAGGCUACGGGCAAGGACAAAGAGGCCGUGGACGCUCUUGGACUGGACCAGGCUGAACUUAGAGCGUCAAGAAGGUUGGCCACGUUUGCCAAAUACAAGGCUGACGGGUCGGGAAACGUUCCGGAGUACAUCAAGAGCUUGGUGUUUUACUUAAACAUUCAGCCUGCCGAUGUGGUCACCUGGGCAGAGUUGGCCGAUCAGUACGCUAAGAUUGGUCACUACGACGAGGCCGUCUUCUGUAUUAAGGAGGUGCUUCUUCAUGAGCCUUUGGCCUACAACAUGUUCUAUAAAGCUGGUCUCUAUCAAUUCUAUCGUUUCUUGCAACAGGAUAAGACAAAGUCAGAGAAGGAUAAGGAUCUACUCACACUCUACCCACUUCUCCAAGAGGCCAGGGAUUCCUUCCUUCGUGCAGUGGAGCUCAGUGCCACCUAUACGAAAGCUUGGGUGGGUGUUGCUGCUGUUGGUGACAGCGAUAUAAUCAAGCGAUUAGAAGACAGCAAGAAAUUAGCGAGUGAUUCCAAAGUUGCCAAGUUUGUCAAAGAGACGAUUCAGACUAGAGAAUUGGCAAAGCUGAGGGUCAGGGAAUUUGAGAAGCUUCCCACCGACGCCGACCUCACCCAGCUAUUGAAGUGA